AUGGAAAAUUAUAAAUUAAUAAUUAAAUUAAUUUUCGUCAUAAUUGUUAUUUUUGCGUUCGCAAAUCAAAUCGAAUCGUUAGCGAUCAAAAACAAAAAAAAUUGUCCAAAAUUAACCGAAAGAGGUCAAAACAAUACUUCUGAGACCUAUAUAGUACUCUUAACUAAUCCGAAGGUUGAGUCCUCUUCGGUGAACGACAAUAACAAAUAUGAUGAUAAAUUUAUUAAAGAACAUUUUAAAAUGUUGAAAGAUUGUUUUGACUUAAAUAUAAUUAAGCCAGGAUCGACUUUUAUCGCUGCCAGUCUCAUUAAUCCAAAAACCGUUGUGGAUUUUAGUAUACCGAGAUGUAUAUUAGGGUACAUCGCAAAUUUGUCCGAAAAUACUGCCCGUUAUUUGAAAAAUAGGUCAGAAGUAUCAGUUAUUGAAAAGGAUUCUAAAAUUAAAAUUGCCGAUGUUCAAUUUAAUCCUCCAUCGUGGUUUGGAACUUUUUGCGCGGGAUGUCCUAACAUAGAUGAUAAUAGUCAUGGUACAAGUGUAGCCUCCAUCUCGAAUGCAUUAGAUUCCGCAGUCGCGACUCUCGCUGAUAAUGGAAUCCAUGUAAUAGCAGCCGCAGGAAAUGAAUAUAAAGCUGACGCUUGUGCAAAGUCACCGGCAGGAUCUAAACGAGUAAUUACUGUGGGUGCCUUAAACACUUACAAUAAUUACCUUGCUGACUUUACAAAUAUUGGGUCCUGCGUAACUCUAUUCGCUCCAGGAGUAAAUGUACCAUGUGCUGGAUUGGGCUCUUCAAAUGUUAUUUCUAAAUCUGGCACUAGUCAGGCGGCACCACACGUCGCAGACACCGAAUAG